AUGGCUGGAUUUCUAACGUCACUGUGGAGAUAUAGGAAUUACAUUGUGAUAGUUCUGACACCUCUUCUACUUCUGCCUCUGCCCCUGAUCAUCCCGACCUCGGAGGCAAAAUGUGGCUAUGCGAUAAUCCUGAUGGCACUGUACUGGUGUACAGAGUGUAUCCCUCUGGCUGUGACUGCCCUGCUGCCUGUUAUUCUUUUCCCUAUGAUGGGCAUCAUGGAAUCAGGCGAGGUUUGUAUCCAGUACUUGAAAGACUCCAACAUGCUUUUUAUUGGUGGGCUGCUGGUGGCCAUCGCUGUGGAGCACUGGAACCUGCACAAGAGGAUCGCCCUUCAAGUUCUGCUUAUUGUUGGGGUGAAGCCUUCUCUCCUGAUGAUAGGUUUCAUGAGCACCACAGCCUUUCUGUCCAUGUGGAUCAGUAACACGGCUUCCACAGCUAUGAUGCUGCCCAUCGCCAAUGCUGUACUGCAGCAGCUGAGUGACACAGAGGCCGAAGCUGAAGAGAGGGAUCACGACCAGGCUGCUGCAAAGGAUGGCCUGGAAAACCAAGGCUUUGAGAUGGGUGACGUUUCUGUUUGGAGUCCGGAGGCAGAGCAGCGUAGACUUAAGCGGGAGCAGAAGUAUGUGAAACUGUCGAAAGGAAUGAGUCUAAGUGUUUGUUAUGCAGCCAGCAUUGGAGGAACAGCCACCCUCACUGGAACCACACCUAAUGUCAUCCUGAAGGGCCAGAUUGAUGAACUCUUUCCAGAUAAUGGUGGCAUCAUCAACUUUGCAAGCUUUUUUGGCUUCUCAUUUCCCAACAUGGUGCUAAUGUUGGCUUUCUCUUGGUUGUGGCUGCAGUUUAUGUUUUUGGGCUUCAACUUGAAAAAGUCCUUUGGAUGUGGCACAAAUAAAGCUGGUGACAAGGAGGCAUACCAAGUAAUCAAAGAUGAGUACAAAAAGUUGGGCAGGAUGAGCUUCGCUGAGGGCUGUGUACUGGUUAUCUUCAUCUUGCUGGUUCUUCUGUGGUUUACCAGGGAGCCUGGGUUCAUACCCGGCUGGGCCACUGUGCUCUUCAACAAAGAAAAAACGUACGUCACAGAUGGCACGGUGGCCAUAUUAAUGUCAGCACUCUUCUUCUGCAUCCCUUCCAAUUUGCCCAGAUGCUGCAGGAAGUCUGAGGAUGGGGCCCCUGCUGAAGCUCCUUCCCCCCUGCUUAAUUGGGAUAUUGUCCAUGAAAAGAUGCCUUGGAACAUCCUUUUGCUUCUGGGAGGAGGCUUUGCAUUGGCCCAUGGAAGUGAGAAAUCUGGACUUUCUAUGUGGCUGGGAGAGAGUCUUGUACCACUGCAGAGCAUUCCUCCGUUUGCCAUCUCCAUCCUGCUGUGUCUGCUGGUGGCCAUGUUCACCGAAUGUUCCAGUAACACUGCCACCACCACUCUCUUUCUGCCAAUACUGGCCUCCAUGGCCACCGCCAUCAAGAUACACCCGCUGUACAUCAUGUUUCCCUGCACCAUCUCUGCCUCGCUGGCUUUCAUGCUGCCUGUGGCCACUCCACCCAACGCCAUUGCCUUCUCCUAUGGCAACCUGAAAGUCAUGGACAUGGCCAGGACUGGAUUCAUUCUGAACUUUGUUGGAGUCAUAACCACCAACAUUGCCAUUAACACGUGGGGAGUGGCCUUGUUCCAGCUGAAUACCUUCCCCAGUUGGGCUAAUGCCACCAAAACUCCUUGA